AGUGCUUCGACAAAAAACGUGUUUGUUCGUCAAAUUUCAAAGGUCAACACUUCAAUUAAAGAGUAUAGGAAGAAAGUGGCCGAAGUUCUUUUGGCUCCGGUUGUUUCGGAAGACAUUGAAAUCAAACCUGAUGGACUUAUUUAUCUACCGGAAAUAAAAUAUCGUCGUAUAUUGAACAAAGCAUUUGGACCAGGAGGAUGGGGACUUGCGCCACGUGGUGAAAAUUCGAUCAAUCCAAAAAAUAUAUCGCGAGAAUACGCGCUCGUCUGUUGUGGAAGACUUGUCUCAGUUGCUCUGGGCGAACAAGAUUACUUUGAUCCUUCUGGCUUAGCUACCGCUGCAGAAGGUGCUAAAAGUAAUGCAUUGAUGAGAUGUUGUAAGGAUUUGGGAGUAGCUUCUGAACUUUGGGAUCCGAUUUUCAUUCGUGAUUUCAAGAAACGCUACUGUGAGGAAGUUUUAGUUGAGCAUGUAGUUACUAAAGUAAAGAAAAGAUUGUGGAGAAAAAAAGGGACUAGUCUUGAUUAUCCAUAUAAAGUUAUAAAUAACUUAAUGUGA